GGGGCCCGCGCUCUAAGUGUGGCGGGCGAAUAUUGGCGCUCGGAAUCCGGGGGACCCCAGUGCGAGCUGGCCGGAUUCUCGGUCGCGCGCCGGGAGGCGAAGCGGGUUUCCCUGGGUCCUGUCGGGUGGCGCACGCGCCACCACCAUGCUGCCACCGUGUUCGGAGCGGGAACUGAGUGAGCUGCUGGCUCGCAAGGAGGAGGAGUGGCGAGCUCUACAGGCCCAUCGCGCCCAGCUGCAGGAGACAGCUCUACAGACGACGAAGAAACAUCUGGAGGAGACACGAGGGCAGCUGCAGCGCCUGCAGGAGGAUUUCGUGUACAACCUUCAAGUGCUGGAGGAGCGGGACCGUGAGCUGGAGCGCUACGACGUUGAAUUCACCCAGGCCCGCAGGCGGGAGGAGGCCCAGCAAGCAGAGACCAGUGAGCUAAAGAUAGAGGUGGCCAAGCUGAAGCAGGCACUCUCCAGGGAGGCCAGGCACGUGGAGGAGUUGCAGCAUCAGCAUGAGCGGACGUUGCAGGAACAUCACUUGGAGCUGGAGCGUGUCCGCAGUGGCAGGAGGAGUGAAAUGGACCAGCAGCAGGAGCAGUAUGAGAAUCUGAAGUGGAAGCUGGAGAGAAAACUGAGGGAACUCGACGGUGAACUUGCUCUUCAAAGACAGGAGCUGCUGCUGGAGUUUGAAUCUGAGAUGCAGAGACGGGAGCACGAGUUCCAGCUGAGGGCAGAUGACAUGAGCAAUGUGGUCUUGGCCCAUGAGCUCAAGGUGAAGCUACUGAACAAAGAGCUGCAGGCUCUGAGAGAAGCUGGGACACAGGCCACAGAGAGUCUGCAGAAGGCAGAGGCAGAGCAUAUCGAGUUGGAGAGGAGGCUACAGGGCCAUGCCCUGGAGUUCCAGAAUCUGGAGGCCAUGAAGGAUGCUCGGAUAAAGGACUUGGAGGAGAAGCUUCACUCUGUACAGCUGGCAAGUAAGAGAGCCGAGGACACUGUCAGGAGGAAACACGAAGAGCUUGACCGUGAAGCCAGGGAGAAAGAUGCAGUGCUGGCAGCAGUGAAGAGAGCUCAUGCAGAGCAGCUGCGAGCGCUGGAGGCCAGGGUGCUGCAGCUGCAAGCCCACUGUGAAACCCUGGAGGGGCAACUGCGCAGGGCCGAGUGGACGCGAGCUGAUGAUGCCAAAGAAAAGAAUGCCCUUAUUGACAAACUUCAUGAAGACGCGGCAGCUUUGAAAGCUGCCUGGGAUGCCCAGAUCACUCAGAUGUCCAAGGAGGCUGUCUCCAAAGACCUUCAGGUCCAGAUGCUACAGGAAGAAGAGGGGAAGCUCAAGGCACAGGUGGCCAGGUUCCAGAAGGACAUAGACAGGUACAAGCAGCAACUGUCCCUGGCAGUGGAAAGGGAACAGAGCCUAGAGCGCGACCAGGUGCAGCUGGGCCUAGACUGGCAGCGCCGUUGCGAUGAUGUUGAGCGAGACCAGAUCCAGAAAUCAGAGACUUUGAUCCAAGGGCUGACCAAGGCCAGAGACCAGGUUGCUGCUAAGCUCCAGGAGACAGAGAAGGUGCUGUGUCAGCAGGAGACAUUGCUAAAGGCUGUGUCACUGGAACGAGACCAGGCUGUGGAGACUCUGCGGACACACGGGCUAGUCCCCGGACAGGAGGCACAGGUACCUCCACAGCAGCACGAAGGAGAAAUGAGGAAAGAGUCUCCAUCUAGUGAGAUUCAGAGGCUGCAGGAGCAGAAUGCAGGUCUGCGGAACGCUGUUGCACAGAUGAGGCGAGAGAUGGAAAUGCUGAGCGGCCAUCUUCCUUCUGCUCAACUGGAAGAGUGCUCGGAGCCAAGCCCUGAUCCCCAGGCAGGAGGAGAUCCGGCCCCUCCGGAUUAUGUUCUGGUGCUUGAAGCAGAAAUGCAGAACCUAAAGCACAAGCUGAAAGCCCUGGAAGAGCAGCAGCGAGGUGUCGGAGAGCCAGUGACGGCCGCCUUGCCCACUGCCGACCCACAGCCUGGUGCCCACAGCUCCGCAGAAGCAGCUGGAGCGGCUUUGACAGGCCAGGCAUCUGUUGCCUUAGCACUCAGAAAACUCGGAGACAGAGUGCAUCUCUUGAACCUGCUGGUGACACAGCUCAAAAAGAAGCUGUGGCAGAAACCCCUGGAGUCGGUCACUGUCCUGCACGAGCUCCCCAGUGAAGUGGACCAGGUGCACCUGGAGGUUUUGGAGCUGCAGAAGCAGGUGGCUGAGCUACGGAAGCAUCUCAAGAUGCCCCAGCCCCAAGGAGAGCCUUCUUUCAGGGAGCAGCUACAGAGAGAGGGCCUGACUAACUGGAGACCCAUGGUCACAAAGGACCAGACGGAGUUCCCUAGUCUCCCCCAGGAAGGGGCUCAGCCUCCACAGACCGUAUCCGUGCGACAUCUGCAAAGGAAGCUGAAGGUCGCAGCUAAGAAGAUACUCAGCCUCAGCCUAGAGAAGGAGCAGCUCCUGGAAAUGGGGAACAGACUCCGAGCAGAGCAGGGCCUCCCUAAAGGGAAACUGACUCCUUGCCCACUUCCUCCCACCUCUGAGUCCCAGGACCCCCGUGAGGUGCCUUUGGACCGUGGCCUACCUUUGGGACAGCUGCAGCCCCACUCAACAACUCAGGACCCCAGGCAUACCAAGAGAAAAUGUGUUUCUGGAUACGCAGGGAAAGAUCAACCACACUCCGCCCAAGUGGUCAGCAAAAGCAGCACCGCACGAGGCUCCCAGGCGGGCAUGUCAUCUACCCACGCAGUCAGCAAAAGCAGCACCGCACGAGGCUCCCAGGCGGGCGUGGCAUCUACCCACGCGGUCAGCAAAAGCAGCACCGCACGAGGCUCCCAGGCGGGCGUGGCAUCAAGGCCUGUUCAGAGACAGCACAGAGUCCUCACAGAGACCUGGAAGUCAGCGUAUCAGAAAGAAAACAGGUCCCCAAAGCUGCCAGCACAGGCUCACGAUGUCCCCGAGGAAAGUGACCACCACAGGUCAUCUUCGCUGGCCAGCAGUUCCCUGCAGGACACCUGGAAGCUGUUGGACCUGGGAUCCAGCCUUUCGGGAGUCCCCUCUCAGGACGACUCAGCUGCAGCAGAGUGCCCAGCAUCUCCAGGAGCCAGCUGUCUCCAAAAGGUUGACCAGAGCCCUGUCACCAUGCAAAGCACCUUUGCUGUCAAAGGGCUAAAGAUGGAAGCACAACCAAAAGCCACACAUCCCAGACCCAGCAAGUCUCGUCCAGCUAAACCUACAAACUGCCAGCAGCCGCGGCAUCCCAGGAUCCGCAACUAUAACCUCAAGGACUAAGUCUCAGUCUCCUGCAGGGGACCCAAGAGUGCCUCCGCCUCGGUGCUUGGAGCCUGUGUUGGGACAGGUGUACACAUGGCACACAGGCAGCUGUGAGCACAGGUUGCCUUCCAGUGAUGGCCUUCCUGAUGCCACCAAGCCAUUAAAACCCUCCUCCAUCUGUCUGGCCUGCAGAGUUGUCUAUCUUGUUCCACUGCCACCUGUCUACAUGGCCACUGACAGCCACUGCGCACUGACCGUGUCAUUCUCUGGAACCUGGCGGGGGAGAGUAGAGUAACCACCUACGAAGUGUGUCCUCAAAGGACAUCGUGUGAGAGGUCCUCCCAGUACGAGCCUGGUGGGGGCCCCAUCACCCUACGUACCGCAGGAACAUAUCCAUAUGCCCUUCUGAAAACCUCAUCAUGAGACCUGCGUGAUGGCUUGACUUGACUUGAACUGUCUUAGGGCCAAUUCCUGCCCCCAGUAGAACUUAAGGAUGGCUUUGGCCUUGGCCUUGCUGGGUAUCCUCCAAGAUAGACAUGUGGAGGGCUUUCGGAGUGCAGGUCUCUCCCAGGUCUAGGUUUCUUUGUGACAAUGACUAGUCUUGAGAAUCUACAUUUUACAUGUGUAAAAUACUGAGAGAUGGCUCAGUGGUUAAGAGCACUGACUGCUCUUCCAGAAGUCCUGAGUUCAAUUCCCAGCACCCACAUGCAGCUCACAAAUGCUUGUAACUCCAGUUCCAGGGGAUCUGAAACCCUCACAUAAAGUAUA